AAAAUAGGUGAACUAACCUAAUUUGUUGUCAAUAUUUUGCAACACUUAUGAAGGUUACGGACAAUUGUUGUGUAAUUAAUUUAUAGGCCGAUUGUAAAUGGCUUGAAAGUUCACGUAUCGACAGUAAUGAGUUAAAAAUAAUAGAAAAAUAUCUAUUGUCUCAGUGGGAAGAAAGAUGUUACGUAUUCGCCGCAUAUUAUUGUGCACAAAGUGUGUGAACAAUAACAGUUUUCAUAUCGAGUGUGCAAAACAUUCCAAGUCAAAUGGAAAUGCUUUGUCCACAAAGCUGGCCAAAGGUCCUUCGUUGGAGGACUUUAUUUCUGGGAAUUAUACAGAUUACAAAGGAAAAUUGAAAUUAGAAAAGAACGAUCAAUCGCGAUUAAGAUUGCCACCAUGGCUAAAGACCGAGAUACCUAUGGGUAAGAAUUAUGCCAAGAUAAAGGCACAGUUGUCUCAGUUGCAACUGAGCACUGUUUGCGAAGAAGCAAGAUGUCCCAAUAUUGGUGAAUGUUGGGGUGGAGGAAGUCAUGGAACAGCAACGGCCACUAUAAUGUUAAUGGGCGAUACGUGCACUCGUGGAUGUCGAUUUUGUUCAGUGAAGACAGCUCGGAAACCACCGGCUCUGAAUCCUGAGGAACCAGUUAAUACUGCAAUUGCUGUUACAGACUGGGGAUUAAAUUAUGUAGUUCUUACUUCUGUCGACCGCGAUGAUCUAGAAGAUGGAGGUGCUAGCCAUAUUGCAGCAACAGUAAAGGAAAUAAAGGAACGAAGUAACAUUCUUGUAGAAUGUUUGGUUCCUGACUUUAGGGGAAAUCAAGGUUGCGUAGCUACCAUUGUUAAAUCUAAGCUUGAUGUUUUUGCUCAUAAUAUCGAAACCGUUGAACGACUUACACCUUUUGUUCGAGAUGCACGUGCCUGUUACGGGCAGUCACUUAGCGUUCUAGAAGGUGCAAAGAAAAUUAAUCCGGCCAUUGUGACCAAAUCAUCGAUAAUGUUAGGGCUUGGAGAGUCCGACGAAGAGGUGCAACAGACCAUGAAAGAUUUGAGGUCCGUAGGAGUCGAUGCUGUUACUUUGGGCCAGUACAUGCAGCCCACCAAAAGACACUUGAAAGUCAUUGAAUACGUGACUCCAGAAAAGUUCGAGUCCUGGAGAAAUUAUGGAGAUGAAUUGGGAUUCCUGUACACUGCAAGUGGUCCCUUGGUAAGAUCGUCCUACAAAGCAGGCGAAUUCUUCUUAACCAAUAUUGUUAAGAAACGGAAAAAGGAAACCUGACUUUAGUUCGUAGUUAACUUACUGUCCUUCAGGAGGCAACUUUGCAUUCCUAGAGUUGCGUACGGUUCCACACAAAGAAGGUAUAGUUGCGUUAAACAAGAAAAUAACCGAUUAAUCAAAUUGUACAAAUCAUGUGAUGUCACCAAGAUUCUGGGAAUCUAAAUAACUUGUAUGUACCGUUAUUACUAUUGAAUUGUAGAAGUGAAUCUACAGUUUUUGAUCAUACACUGGAUACACGUUAAUGGAUUCCAAGAAUUCACCGGCUUUUGAAUAUAUUAUUAAAAUUUCGUUCCAAGAUU